AUGACAACCUACUGUGAAAUGGAAACGUCUAUAAAUGUAACCCUUACAAUGCUUAAACAUGAUCUUUUGAUUUUCGGUUUUGCAAACUGUCCUAGAAAUAUUGCGACUAUUUUUUGAGUCAUCCUGUAUAUCUUUUACAGAGCAGCCAUAAAUUUGGCAUGUAACCAGGCAGAAUGAGCUUCAAUAAGUUGAGAACUCUCCUCUACUGCACUGGAGCCACAUUUAUUUUCCUUCUAUAUUUGUAUCUCGAAAAAUUAGGAACGUACAAGAUCGAAGAGCAGCGAACCUUCUAUCCGCCUUCUAAUAGAAGUUUUCUUCGAAACACUAGUGAUGGUUACCAUAAGCUGCUGAAUAUCCACUUUCGCUAUAAACAUAUUCCAGAAUGGUGUAAUACAAGUGACAGAUAUGUGAUAGCUGUACUCUCCAGUCCUGAUCAUCUCGAAAAUAGGAAUGUUAUUAGAUUGACAUGGGGUCAGAAGGCUCUGGGUAUCAAGGUUUUCUUUUUGAUCGCAAACACAACAGAUGAAACAUUGCAAUUAAGCAUCAACCGAGAGACUUUAGCAUUCAGAGAUAUCGUCCAAGGCGAUUUCCUUGAUUCGUAUAAAAACCUCUCAUACAAACAUGUAAUGGCCUUGAAAAUGGUCGUGGACAAUUGUCCAAAUGUUAAAUACUUGGUCAAAGUUGAUGAUGAUACUUUUGUCAACACACCAAACCUAAAAAAGUUUCUCGAUCAGUAUGAUCAAAAUUAUGGAAAUAGCAGCAACCUCCUUUGUAAUACUAUGGAAUAUAGUCCUGCCUUAAGAGAUGGAAGAUGGAAGGUGUCUGUGGAAAUGUUUCCUGAAGAAUACUACCCGAAGUACUGUUCUGGAUACUUCAUCAUCUAUCCAAUGGCAGCCAUAUCAGCCAUAUACCGAGAAUCCCAAAAUGAAAAUGUCAAAUUCCUUUGGGUGGAUGACGCAUUCGUAUCAGGUGUAUUAGCUGGAAAAGCUAGAAUCAACCAUACCAGCAUAAGAAAACUGUCAUUGAAUUAUGUGGAUAUCACAAAAUUCAUGGAAGACUUUAAAGAGUUUGGAGGCAGACCAUUCCUGGUAGGCAGAAUGAAUUUAAACACUGAAGACUUGAAAAAGCUAUGGGCCUUCUUGAAAGACCACGUGCCAAAAACUAAUAUCCUAGAGAGAUUAGAAUUGCAUAAUCUGUGAUAUUGUAGUUCUGAUACGUUGAAGUAAAACUUAAGCAAAUAAUGGUCCUGCUCUUAAUAUAACGCACAAUGACUCAGCUUUGAAUACAACCCCGUAUUUUUUGUAACAUAAAAAAUAAAGAAUUUAAAAUUUGUUGAUAAAACCUUUUAAACCAAUGUGCAUGUCUUAAAAUAUUGGUUAUGGCAUUUUAACUAGAAAGAUGAUAGCAGAAAGUUAGGUUUCUGUGAAGUUGUAUACCAACAUAUUUAGCAACAAAUGUAUGCCGCGCACAGUAAUUUUGUAAUAUAAAAGUUGUUGCAGAUGUACAGCUUUUAACAGUUACUAAAAGACAGUUGUAUAAGUGGUUCCGUUGGGAUCAAUGUGUUGGCUAAACUAGUAAAUGUGCACACCAAAACAACAAGGCUCGGGUUUGUCGUAUAAACGUUACCAUGGAUGCCACAACACAACUAUUUUGACUACCGCGCAAAUAUGCCGUAUAAAAUAGUUGUAUAAACGUUUAUGCAACCGUUCAAAAUUUGUCCUAUAAGGUGUUCUAUAACUAUGCUACGAGUAUAAGAGUAUUUUAAACACCUCAUUUUAGAGCAAAUAUGCUGC